UCUAGUCAAGCAUUCAUCCUUGUCGCGUCAUGAAAUUCCCUCCAAAAACGAUGAGUAAAAAAACACAGAAACCUUAUCUCAAUAACAGAGAGUAGCAUGUAUAUAUAUGGUUAGGAAAAUAGGGCUUAUCCUCUUGUGAACAGAGAAGAAGUAGAGCUUAAUUUUGCAGCCAUGGCAGCCUUGAGCUGUCAAUUUCACCCUACAAUCUACAAAAGUUGUCGGCAUAUUAAAGCCAGACCUUCAAUCUCUUGCUCAAUGCAGCCCUCUCAAAGUAAUAUCAAGGUAAUUGUAAAUGGAGCAGCAAAAGAGAUAGGCAGGGCAGCAGUAAAUGCAGUGACAAAAGCAAGAGGAAUGGAGGUGGCUGGUGCUGUGGAUUCAUAUCUUGUAGGAGAAGAUAUUGGGAAGGUCUGUGACAUGGAAGAGCCUCUAGAAAUUCCCAUAAUGAAUGACCUCACCAUGGUAUUAGGUUCCAUAUCUCAGUCAAAAGCAACAGGAGUUGUCAUUGAUUUCACUGAUCCUUCUACAGUGUAUGACAAUGUGAAACAGGCAACAGCAUUUGGGAUGAAGAGUAUAGUUUAUGUGCCUCGAAUUCAGCCUGAUACGGUAACUGCAUUGUCUGCAUUAUGUGAUAAAGCCAGCAUGGGUUGUCUUGUUGCCCCAACUCUAUCCAUAGGAUCUAUACUUCUCCAACAAGGUGCAAUAUCAGCUUCCUUCCACUACAACAACGUAGAAAUUGUGGAAUCAAGGCCAAGUGCAACGGAUCUUCCAUCGCCAGAUGCAACCCAGAUUGCCAAUAACCUCUCUAAUCUUGGCCAAAUCUACAAUCGACAAGAUAUUACAACAGAUGUUCUGGCAAGGGGUCAAGUUCUUGGAGAAGAUGGGGUUCGAGUGCAUAGCUUAGUCCUUCCAGGACUUCCCUCCAGUACAACAGUUUACUUCUCUGGCCCAGGAGAGAUUUACUCUCUUAAACAUGAUAUCAUUGAUGUGCAAUGCCUCAUGCCAGGCCUAAUCUUGGCCAUCAGAAAGGUCGUGCGCCUCAAGAAUCUGGUGUAUGGCUUGGAGAAAUUUUUGUAGAAACCCGUUUCUUCUUCUAUCUCCAAAAUCUGGAACUUUAACCUGGGUGUUGAUCAAUCGAAGAUCCAUACCAUAUCAUCCUGCAAACAAAACAAAAAUUCAAAAGAGGACGAUUUGAUAACCAAAACAGCAGAGGAGUAAAAAGAUCUUUUUCUUUUGUUUCUUAAUGAAAUGUGUAGUUCAUUGAACCUUUGAGAGACAUUAAAGGUUUGUGGUAUUCAAUUGGAAUCCAACAUGAUAAGGCCAAUGUUCAUUCAUA